GACGACCAGAGGGGGCGCUAGUGAGUCGGACCGUGACAGUCGCGGUGCUGCUUUGCUGCUAAUGUUGCCAGUCGGGCACACGGAGAGACAGGCGGCUACACAAAUAUCCAAAGUACGAACAACAGGAGUCGACCGAACAGGGAAACAAAGCCGUUUUUGUUCCGAGGAGGGCUCGCGUUGUCUUUUACCGCCGUGACGAAUUGGGGGAAACGAGUGAAAACGCCGUUCACGAGGUGGACAGCGCGCUGCCCGAGGUCUCGUGGUAACCCACCGCCAUGCCGUUCCCCUUUGGCAAGUCCCACAAGUCGCCCACAGACAUUGUCAAGAACCUCAAGGACAGCAUGACGGUACUCGAAAAGCAUGACAUCUCUGAUAAAAAGGCUGAGAAGGCCACAGAAGAAGUAUCUAAGAGCCUGGUGGCCAUGAAGGAAAUCCUGUAUGGAACUAACGAGAAAGAGCCCCAGACUGAAGCAGUGGCCCAGCUAGCCCAGGAGCUCUACAACAGCGGCUUGCUGAGCACGCUGAUCGCCGAUUUGCAGCUCAUCGACUUUGAGGGCAAGAAAGACGUAGCUCAGAUCUUCAACAACAUCCUGAGGCGCCAGAUUGGCACUCGGACACCCACAGUGGAGUACCUUUGCACCCAACAGAACAUACUCUUCAUGUUACUUAAAGGGUACGAGUCCCCAGAGAUUGCCCUCAACUGUGGGAUAAUGUUGAGGGAGUGCAUCCGACACGAACCUUUGGCCAAAAUCACACUGUGGUCCGAGCAGUUUUACGAAUUCUUCAGAUAUGUGGAGAUGUCCACGUUUGACAUCGCCUCAGAUGCAUUCGCCACUUUCAAAGACCUCCUCACAAGACACAAGCUACUGAGUGCAGAGUUUCUGGAGCAACAUUACGAAAGAUUCUUUAGUGAAUAUGAGAAGUUGCUCCACUCAGAAAACUACGUGACAAAAAGGCAGUCUCUAAAGCUACUGGGAGAGCUGCUCCUGGACCGGCACAACUUCACCAUCAUGACGAAAUACAUCAGCAAGCCAGAAAAUCUCAAGCUCAUGAUGAAUUUGCUCCGCGACAAGAGUCGCAACAUCCAGUUUGAGGCUUUCCAUGUUUUUAAGGUGUUUGUGGCCAAUCCCAACAAGACGCAACCCAUCCUCGACAUCCUACUGAAGAACCAGAGCAAGCUCAUCGACUUCCUCAGCAAGUUCCAGAACGACAGAACAGAGGACGAACAGUUCAAUGACGAAAAGACUUACCUGGUCAAACAGAUUCGGGACCUCAAGAGGCCCGCCACCCAGGAGGCUUGAGGAAAGGGGUGGCCGAGUGGGAGGGCGGAGCCAACCAUUUCUUGACGGCGUAACGGCGCAACGCCUGCUUAACAAACACAUCAGUUGCUGCUGUUCUGAGCAAAGAAUUCAGGAAAAAAAAAACAAAGGAAAAUACCCAUUUCAAAUAUUUGGGAAGUUGCCGGAACAUCAGCGAACAUUUGGUUUGCUUUCUUUUUACUACGUUUGUUCCAAAAGAAAACCAGAUGCUGCUGCUUUAAUGCACCUUGAAAACCACGUGCGGUCCGAUAACGCAUUCAUCCAUCUUUAAGAAGGCAGAUUGACAGGAAGUCAACAUUUCAGUCCGAUAACCACAGGCAACAUAGAAGAAGAUGUGAUGUGUGAUGUGAAAUGGUACGAGCCGUGUGCGUUUGCUGCCAUGUUCAGUGACCAGACUGUGAAAUGCAGGUGCAUCAAUGCCUUCAUCCAGUACAGCAGCAGUGAGGUUGGGGGGGGGGGGGCCUCUCGGAUGCCAUGACACAGCACCUUUGACCUGCUGUGCUCUGUUCAUGACCCAGCACUGAAGAUACACAAGGGAAUGAGGGAGGGAUGCAACUAAGGAAAGGAAAGGAAAGGCCCAAGUCCUCCCUUUUAUUAUUUUCAUAAGCAGGGAGAACAUGUAUAUAUGCCUUUUUUUUGCUUUGUAGAUUAUUUUGUUUAAUCUUAACAUAGGAUACUAUUAUAUGUAUUCACUUUAAACAUUAAGUUUCUGGUUAAUGGUAAUGAAAUUACUUUCUAAACCCUAAACGAUAUUGUUUUUACAUUUUUAUUUGACUGCUGAUUUGCUGGGUUUCUUGUACAUAACUUAAAGGGGCAGCUCACAGUUGGCGCAUCUACUAAAUAAAAUGUACACGGAGUGAAAGCGGUGGUAUCGGAAA